AUGGGGAGUAACGAUAGGCACCUCUGCUCAAAGUCAGCAUUUUUAGAAGGGGCUGCUGCAACUCGGCCUACUACUCGUCUCACAUGGCUCACUGAAAAACCCGUGUGGGUGGACCAGUGGCCCCUGUCAUCAGAAAAGGCCGAAGCAUUGAGAACACUAGUGGACGAACAACUACAGCAAGGACGCACUGUCCCUACCACUAGCCCAUGGAAUACACCUGUGUUUGUCAUAAAGAAAAAGAGUGGUAAAUGGAGACUGUUACACGACCUGCGACAAGUCAAUGCAGUGAUUGAGGACACGGGGGCACUGCAACCUGGCAUGCCCUCUCCAACAGUGAUUCCCCGAAACUGGGAUAUUAUCGUCAUGGACUUAAAAGACUGGUUUUUUACCAUACCUCUUGCUCCUGAGGAUGCAUUGCGAUUUGCCUUUUCAUUACCAUCAGUAAAUCACCAAGAACCUACGCAACGGUACCACUGGACAGUACUACCUCAAGGAAUGAAAAAUAGUCCCACUAUCUGCCAAACAUAUGUAGCCAAAGCACUGUCUACAGUUCAUCAACAAUAUCCAGAUAUCAUCUGCUAUCACUACAUGGACGACAUACUAUUUGCAGGAAAAACACCUGAGGCACUGACACCGGUGAUACAAGCUACCCUUGUUAGCCUCAAGGCAUACAGCCUACAGUUAGCUCUUGCGAAAAUACCGCAUCAGGCUCCAUGGAAGUACCUGGGAUGGAAAAUACUCGACCGUGCCAUCGAGCCCCAGGCUGUAAAAUUACAAACAGACAUCAAAACACUGAACGACCUUCAUAAACCGAUGGGGUCUAUUAACUGGGGGCCAUAUGGGCUACGGCCGAAACGGAAGAGAGAAGUAAAGACAUUCUCCGACACUGGAGGGGUGUAUUUGCUGCCCUCGAUAGAGGACUACGGUGGAUCCAGGCUCGGUGCACCCGUCCUUAUUUCCCCGCUGACGGCUGAUGCAUCAUUGGUGUGGGGUCGAUCCGUGGGAGCUAUGCAAGAUCAACCGAUCACUUUUUGGAGAAACAGCCAGCGGAAACACCUCUCGCGCCGGGUUCGUGGACUCUCUGUGAACGUGUACUUUGCACGCGUCGUUGGUAUUGUUACUCGCGAUAUCGGGAAGGACUGUGUAGGCUUUGUAAGAGAGAUAGUCACGCGUCAGCUAGUGCGCAGAUUAUCAGGUUCCUAUGUGGAAGAGCACGCUGCGUUCCGCAGGUGUGGGAGGUCUGGGAAAGUGACUGGGAAAAAACAGCUGGACAGUGCGAAUGACGAUUUGGUGGAAGAGAAAGGGAAAACAAUGAUGACUACAGGCCUUCUUAUUGCGGUAUAUCUACUGGGAAUAGGGGUAGCUAAAGCUGCUUUUAACACAAACGCAUAUGUAGAGCUUCUUAAGGCAGUAGUGAAUUAUACUAAAGUUAAGGAUCGCUGGCUUUGUGGGACUGCUGACCAACUGGACUCCCCAGUCCUAGGUACCCCUUUGAGUAACUGGACGGAUUUGGAUCCAUAUAGCUUGCAUAAUACGUCUAAAAUCUGUAGGCAAGGGGAUGUGACCAUGGAAGAAACUAAUUUUGUGUUGACCCUGGCAAAUGAGAGUGUGGCAUUUAUCAAUUACAGCACAGAAGGCAAGAAUCUAGGAUCCUUCCACAAAUCUAGUGGUUGUGUGAGAAACAUGAUUCAAAAAAUGAUGAAUCAGGUAAUGAUGACAGAACAACAAAAAGGGGGAGAUGUGGAGCAAGGCCUCAGCGAGUUCGACCUUGAUGAUCUGGCCCUGUGCCCCUGA